GUAGAUAAUCCACGCGGCCUUAAAGAGAACACUGCUAUGGACAACAUUGAGAAGGCAAAUAAGGGUAAGGCGCUGGAGAUCAGUGAAAAAUGACUUUUUUUGAUGUUGAUCUGUCAGCGUGCUGUGCAUUGGAUAGCCUGUUCCAGGCUUCAAGAUAAUAGGGAAAGCGUAUAGAGAAAAGUUAUGCGAAAACGCGGGAGCUGGGGAGAGAAGGGUAAGUGUCUCUCUUCCCGGAUCUCUUCCCGCCGUUUUUCGCUCCUUCGCAAUUGCACUGCUCGGUCGCUUUUUUCGCUCGUCUACACUGACCGAGAGCCUGGCACAGACUAUGCGCUGGAGUGCUUUGAGAACUAUUCACCUUAUUUGAUGAUAACUGAAUAGAGGAGAUAAUUAAAAGGACGCCCGUAGGCAGCGUCUGUGUGUUGGACGUAACAAAUUGAAGGAUGAUAAAUUUAGACGUUUCGAAAUGCUGACUUCAUAAGGGAGUUUCUUUAACUUAUGCCAAUCAGCUGGAAUGCAUAUCUGCAAGUGACAGACGAUUAUAUUGGAGGGAAAUAAUGGGGAGGCGGGUAGCAUUCCUUUCGACUCAGUUCUCAGUUAAUCGCUGUUACCGUCGGCAACUGAACGGGUUACUUCUGAUUGUACGCACUGAGGCAUUUUCUCGUGCUGCAGCAAAGACAUUUAUCUCCUUAUACGCGAGGAGCGUUGCUAACCGAGAUGAACGAAGGUGUUAGCUUGUUAGCUACUCUAAAAUUUGAGUGUAAAUAAAUUUUAUGUUAUGAUACCGCGUAGGAGACAAAAAAGAAGGGGAAUAAAGAAAAGACAAAGAUCGUAAUAAUGCUAGACAAAACUAAUCAUCUUUUUUAGAGGACCAUACAGAAAACACUUUUAAGAAUAUAUUCGAAGGUGACGUUGAGCUAACCGAGAGCGACAGGGAAGGCGUCGACACAAUUAACACCAAUUCUACAGACAGAGCUGAAGUAGAUGUCGACAGUGUUCUCACCAAACGUAAAGCCAUUAGUUCUCGCCGCCAUCUUUGGGUCAGGAAAGUGGUUCCCGUUGAACUGGGCCCAGGAUCAUGUAAGGCUGAUAAAAUAAAACAACUUCUCUCUCUUCAAAAACCGUACUCAAUUAGACAGUGAAUUAAUAAUCACCCCUAUAGCCCACGUUCAAUAUAUCAAAAUUCUAAAAUGACUCCGAGGCUUUCUGGUCAUUUUUCUAUAUUUGGUUUGGUUUUCUUAGUGUGCUCAAGUCUCUUCUGGGAAUUGCAAGACAAUGGAGCAGUGUUAAAAUUGCAAUUUUGUCCCUAAAGCGCCGGAGUCAUAUUAGAAUUUUAAUAUAUCGAACGUGCACCGUAAUUUUUAAGGAGUUAUUAUAACUCCAAAAAUGGAGUAAAAAUUUUAGGGGGUUAUUUUAACUCCUAAUUUAACUCCGAAUUUGGGGUCAUUUUUACUCCUGAAAAAGAGUUCUUUUUACUCCCAGUCUGGAGUUAAAAUUACUCCGAAAUGGGGUUACUUAUACUCCUUACGGGGGUUGUCUUUACUCUUUUUGGAGUUAAUUUAACUGUGAAAGUGGAGUAAAAAUUUUAGGUACAGGAUAACUCCUUUUUGGGGUUAUUUUAACUCCUCAAUAUCUGGAGUCACUUUUACUCCUGAAAAAGAGUUCUUUAAACUCCUUUUUGGAGUUAAAAUAACUCCACGAAAAAUAACUCCACUGUAAGGAGUUAAAUUAGCCCCACUAGAGGAGUUAUUAUAACUCCCUGAAAGUUACAGUGUGGGCUAAUGUGGUUCCAGAGUCAGGAAAAUUUCUGCUUGUGGAAUCCGGACUCCAGGGUCUUGAAAUAUCCACAACGUGGAAUCCAGAAUCCAAGACUAAUCUUAGAUUUAUGGCAAUAAUAAUCUGACAAGUCCUGGAGAGGUGAAAACAGUAGAGCUGUAUAUGCUAGUCGAGAAGUAGUCGUUAUGAAGAGUGGGCAUUUCAUGUCCAACCUAGCCAAAAGCUGUCAUUUAAGGCUGGCACCUUUUACUUCACUAGACAAUUUCAUGUAACGUUACAGGAAAUACAUAAGUUUGUGGGAAGGAUCAGACAAAUUGGUCUGGUUGCACAACAAUGCUCUAACUGUGAGCAUGUUCCCCCCCCCCGGCCAAUCCACACCCCUGAGAGCUCUCUGAAGAAAAAAUUCUCGUGGGGGUAGGCACGGAGCACUCUCCUUCCCCCGUCCCCACCUCCGAAGAAGGUUGAUAUUAUAAACUCAUUGCUUUACUAACUGAUUUUCCUUGUGAUAAAUAAUAUAAUUCUUGCUUUUCCUACUCUGCCAAAAAAUGAUCUUAAAAAAAAAAACUGCGCCAAAACAGAAAAAUAUACAUUUUAACUUACAGCCUCAUUAUAUUUGUCAAUAAUUUAAAAAAUGUUUGACUCAUCUGUUGUCACCAAUAGCAAAAGCGUGGAGAAACAUUCUAAAAGCUGUGCAAGAGAUUCAAAAGAAGUCAUGCGUUCGAUUUCGAAUGAAGAAAAAAGGGGACGAAAACUGGAUACGUUUUGUGAAGAAAAAUGGGUAAGAGCUAUAAUUAAUUAAGCCGGGCGCAGUAUGUUAAGAGGAAUUAAGCUUGCUUUGGUUAACAUAGUGAUACGAAAGAAAAAUUAAGUUGCACUUAACAUUACACUUGCAUGAUUUUUGAUCAUGUGUUGUAAUUUGGCAAAAGUUUUCGACUUGAUUGCAGCGCGUAGAAAUGUUUUUCAGUUCUUAAUUAUGUUUUUAAUAAGGUGUUUUUCACCGGUUGGUCGUCAAUAUUUGAAGAAAGGAAUGCAGGAACUUUCAAUUGGUAAAGGCUGUAACAGCAAAGGAAUUAUAUUGCAUGAAUUGAUGCAUGCACUCGGCUUCUGGCAUGAACAAUCCAGAUCAGAUAGACAAAGCUACCUUGAAGUGCUAUGGGAGAACAUAAAUCCAGGUUAGCAUAAUGGCUUACUAUGAACAUAAAAUACAAAUAUUAAUAUGAUUUUUGUGUCUGCGAAUCCAACAUGGCGGCCCAAGAUGGCGCCUUGACAACAAAACUUUAACCCACCACUUCUUAAAAACCACUGCAAAUCAGAACCUCAAAUUUGGGAAUUCAUUUUAUUAACAUUUAAUCUUCAAUAUGACAAAAAAUGAAGGUAAGUUGUGUUUUUGCUUUUUAGCCUUUCGUAACACCUUAAGCGCAACCUCCCGAAUUGUCUCUUCGUCUUUUGUAGUCCUGAUAGAACUUAUAAAUAUAAACUGAUCUGAAAUAAAUAAACAUGGUUAUAUGUCAUGAUUUUCCUUGUACAGUCCAACCAUGCUUUACGGCCACUAAGUAACGCUUACGUUACUCAACCCGAUUAACCAUGCCACAACAACGAACAACGGCCACUUUUUCCUUUACCAAACACCAGAGUUUUAUAGAAGUUAACCUCGUUAAUACUGACACACUUAUUUGUCAAUAGCCUUUUCCAGGCGUUUGGAUAGUGGAGUGUGGCGCGAAGUCCCCAACCCCACCUCCCGCUUUUUUUCUGCUCACAUGUCUCUGCGCCGUCCCCACGAUCUGAACACCUGAAACAGGCUAAUUUGUCAAGUGUGUGUUGAAAUAAGCCUUACGUUUUUGUGAAGGCGAGAAACCUUCAGAUCGGAAGCGUGUCAAUGUUUAAAAUGCCUCUCAGUCAGCUGAAUAACGCCAGGCUUUGCGUAAGUUAGACAUGGCGAUGCUAAUAAUGUCCUGGUUUAUUUCUUUUGUAUUUUUCCGAUAAAAGUCUUCUUUGUGACUUGAUAACAAGACCCGCUUCAUACAGUUUAUACAGACACCCUAGCCCUGUUCAGUAAUACGGAAACUUUCUGUGGUUCCAUCAGUGUCCGUGCAUGAUAACUGGGUUUUUUGACUCUAAAUCUGAAAGAAAACAUUAGAGAUAAUGGAGUAGGUUUGGUAAAUUUACCUUUUUAGUUUACCUAAACCAUUAACAAGCAUUUAUUAGCUUUGAAGCCUCCAGCACUCACAAAGAAACAAAAUACAUCCAUUGGCUCCACGCUAACAAAAAACGUUAAACAGUUUUGGCGAACUCUGACUUCUCUCUAACACCAUUGUCUUUACACAGGGCAAAUACACAAUUUUAACCGCUACAAAAAGAAGAAUUUGGAUUUCUUUGGGGGGUCGUAUGAUUUUUCAAGCAUCAUGCAUUAUGGAAACUAUGCUUUUAGCAAGAAUAAAAGACCAACAAUGUUGUCUGUUAAAAAUCCGCUGCUUCAAUUUGGACAAAUUGCAAAGCUGAGCCCAACAGAUGCUCUUCAACUAAACGCUCUGUACGACUGUAGAGACUGUGAGUACUUGUACCCUCGCCUCAGUCAUACUUCCUAACUCUUACUGUGUAAGGUAUGAAAGAGAUGGGGACGACGAGAUUUUUAUUGAAUUAGUUUUAGAUACAGUCAAACCUCUUGUAAGUAACCACAUAAAAUGCGAAGACCAACUCCCGUAAGGACUGAGUCCGGCAGACUGAGUCCUUACGGGAGUUAGUCGCAAAAAAGAAUCACAGGGGGUCUUUACCGAGAAGGGAAGGGAAUGUGAGAACACAUCUACUUUUUGGAAAAGAAUUCGUUACAUGCAACAUUUAGUUACGAGUGUAGUUUUUAUAUUGUCACUUGCAGACUCUGAGUAGUGGAGUACAAUACAAACAUAGAGAUCAAACCUUGAGUCGACGUGGUGUCUUACAAGAGGCAAAAACAAGGGGAAUUCUACCAGAAAGCUUACUAGAGCUGGUCGUUACGUUUACGAAAGGUUCAGACUGUAUCGAAAGUGCAGUGGUGGUCAAUUUUGGGGUUGGUGGUCGCACAUGGUGAUUCGACUGUAUUUCUCGGCUUUACUAAAAUUGUUAAUGCCGCAAAAGAAUCUGCUGAGGUUUAAAGUCUUUAUGAAAAUACACCCCAAAAAUGUAACCUUUCCUGAUAAAAAGUCCUAUGAGCUAUUAUUUGUGUCUAGAAGAGAAAGUAUUUCAGUCAUAACUUUCCCUUAAUUGUUAGCAAUUACCUUGUCUAGAAAGUGAAUUUGACUGGUCAAUUACUAACCAGUCAAUCAGCGCCAUCAUGACAAAGAUAGCGUUAUUUUAGCGUGUAAACUGAAGCUAUCCGUUAAGAAUCCCCAGAUUUAGUAAUAUGCAAAUAUGGGUAUGUGCCGCCCCAAAGGGUAUGGUUUGUUUUUUUGCACCGUUUCGGUCUUAAAUCAGGUAUACACUUUGCCCAUUUUGAUCUGGAAUCGGAUGUGGUUUUCGAGGGAACUACAGGUCGGAGUGUAUGAACGUACUAUUUUUAGUUUCAAUUCCAAAUGACUGAGAAAUAAAGAAGGAGUAAUAUAGGAAUUCGAAUUUUAUCUUGCGUUCUAAUCUAAGUAAUGACAACAAAAUUUCUGGGAGACCAGGUCUGAAAAUGGGUGUGGAUUUUAAAGGCCAGGUCUGAAAACGGAUGUGGAAAAUACCACUUUUUGGUCUGAAAUAGGGUCAAUUUUUGGAGAACCGGGCGGCACACCCCCACCAAGAAUUCCCUGGAGAACCCCCCGGGACGCGCUGGUACCUAUGCCCUGGAUGAAUGCUUCUUCCCUUAAAGUCCCUUUAGGAAGGCCAUAAAAUUUAAUAUUUUUUUCUCUCCCAGCCAAAAAACAAGGCUGGAGUAGCUGGGGAAACUGGAGCCCCUGUGACACAAAUUGUACAAAGGAAAGAGAAAGAUUCUGUUCUGCAGAUAACAUUAAAAAGUGUCCAGGAGCUGACAGAGAUCGCAUUCAAAUUCAAAAGUCCAAAUGUCCAAACAAAGAAUGUUAUGGUAAGUAAGCGAUGGGCAAGAUAUGUUCCUGAUAAACUGCCUUUUUUUGCAAUGAUUGGACCGGUCACUGAGAUUUGGCCACAAUAAAAAUAUUUAAAAUCAAAUGAGGACUUCGACUGCUGUUAAUAACCUAUUAUUGCUUUUAACAGCAUUUAAAGGCUUCUGUCAUUAGAUUUUCAAUGUAAUUGUUAUUUUUAUAUAUCCUACUAAAGAACAACACGCGAAGAAUUAGAGGGCCAAAUAUUUAAACGUAGUUUAACCAGUGUUUAACAAAAAAGUCAUUUUUAAUUUGCCUAACGAUUUUAUUUAAACAUCAUUUAUUAUGAACAUGCAUUUUUAUGGAAGCAUAUAGAGAAGACUAGAAAAGCAUUUAUCUUCUUAAAAGAACCCACCAAAGAAGAGAUCUGGAGGUUCAAAUAUUCGUUAAACCGCAGCUAGAGUUAGACUUUGUUUAAAUAUUUGGCCCUCAUUUUGAGUGUCACAAGCCCACCGCAAGUGGGGCAUUUUGCCGUUUAAUAUAUCUCGAGGCUGCCAAAUUCGUAAUGCUAAGGGUCUUUGCCCUUCUAGAGACGGACUUGACCAAAAAUGAAAGCCAAACAACCGGCGAAUAUUGCAAAAAGUCCAUGACUUCAGGUUGACGUUCGUCGCUCAAAAACGUCUUUCCUUGAACUCCCCAUUUAGCCUGUUCCAGGCUCCAAGAUAGUGGUGAAAAGUCGUUCAGUAAAAAACGGGUAUAAAAAGAAUUGAGAAAAACGCCCGGAGGCUGGGAAGAGACAGGGUGCCGCCGCCGCCCCCUUUCCCAAGUCUCGCGAGUCUUAUUUUCGCUUUCCUCGUCUUAAUACGUCCCACUAUACUGUCUGAGAGCCUGGCACAGGCUACUCCCCAUUACACUCGUGGAACCUCUCCUUUUGGACACCUUUAUUUAUUACCUCUAUUCAGGAGUUACAACAUUUGGUCCUGAAAAAAUGUUCACAAAAUCUUUGUAUUUGUUCCCUCUAUUAAAGGGACAUGUCCUCUAUUCAGGGGACAGUUAGUCCCGAAGGUGUCCCCUGAAAAGAGCUUCCCCUGUAUAUGGCAAGGAAGUCUCAAGAAAACAAAAUUAAUCAGAAAUACUAAUUGUUGCUGAACCAGCAAUUAGGCACAAAGAGUACGGUAGCUGACAAUUGAAAUUUCGCGAAUUUGAUUUGAAAGUUACGGAAGACGUGGCGUCGAUCACCGUAGUUAAUUUGCUUCUUGUUUAUUCCUUGGUAGAUAUUGGGUUUUCAUAAAAUUCAUUUACUUAUUUAUUUCAAAUCUAGUUCCAAUUGAUGGUCAUUGGGGUAGGUGGGGUCCAUGGAGUAAAUGCUCUCGAAAUUGUGGUCAAGGAUAUCAAUACCAGUCACGCAAGUGUGACGACCCUAAGCCUCAAUAUGGUGGCAAGUACUGCAGUGGUCCGCUAGUAAAGAUACGACCUUGUACGCUGAGGAAAAGUUGUAAGUGACUAUUUAACAAUUUUUCCUCGAGCCGGAAUGGGCUCUGAGUCAAUAGCCUAUGAGGCCGAAGGCCGAAUGGACUAUUGACUCAGAGGCCAUGGGGGCGAGAGGAAUAAUUGUUUUAGUAAAAUCCAACUAGUUGGUCAAAAAUAUCGAGAAUGAAAAAAUUUUAGCUAGUUAAAGCCCGCGCUGCUUUCCGCUACCUGAGUGGGCUACAACACAUAGCCUAGUAGUAGCUCGACCAAUCAGAACUCAGCAUUGAUAACAGACCACUAGUUGGAUUUUACUAAAACUGUAUACUAACACUUAACUAUAACUAUAUGUACCGUUUUAACAGCCAACUUUGACACCAAUGAAAAAUAUGCAGUUGUCUUUGUCUGGUGUGUUUGGGAAACGAAGGUUGUUUUGCGCCUGGUCACUAUACCAACAUAUGCAUCAAAACGUUCGGCGCCACAUUUUUUUUCACAUUAUGUUUUCGCAGAAUGUAAGCUGUUUUGUUGGUUUUUCCCUUUAUUUCUAAUUUACCUUGAAGUUAAUUUGUAGUUUUCCUUUUUAUAUUUUCUUAUUACAUUUCUUUUAUUGUAGUUUUCACCAUCACUGUGCAUGGCUAUAUGCCUGAACUGUUUCAUGCGAAAGAAAAAUAAAUUUUUCUGAGUUGAAGCUCAAUAAUACUUGUCAAAUUGACUGAACCACCGCAGUAAGGUGAUUCAGGCUUCAUAAGUAAAAUCGUUAAAGAUUAUAUGUUCAGACAACCUCUUCAAAAAUCUUGACUUAAUAAAAUUCAUUUAUUGCCAAAAACGACGAUUUAUACGAAAAGUUAUGACUCUGUGAAAUUAUCAGCUGUAUCUAGGCUAGUGUUAGACCUCGACCAGCCUCUCUUUUUCUUCAGAUUUAGUAAGGGGGGUGCUCGCGCGCGCGAGACGCGAGAAACAAGGGCGCGUGGUCAUUUGCGUGUCUUGGGCGUUUUGCUCAACGGUCCAAGAAAAAAGAGAGACUGCUCGUAGUCUAGGCUAGUGUGUACUGCAAUACAAGUAUCAUCCCUUGAUGAUUAUAUCAAGUAGUUGACUCAAUUCAUUACAACAGGUAAAUGGCGAAGAAAACGAAUUGCACUGAUCACUGGACAGGACAGAAAGUCGGCAGUUAACAAGCCAAUGCCUGAGAAACUCCAGUUGCACAGCAACCGACCGAAUACUGGACGCAAGUCAAGUUAACUGCAAAGAACAGCUGAAACGUUUAUAUAAGUCUUCAGGCUCUUUUAAAGCAGAACGUUUCGUCGGAGAUUAACAUGGCACAACAGGAAUGAGGGUUGUACCAAGCUCUCCACAUUGGGGAUUCAAAACAGGAUCAAGUUUAAGUACCGACCUAUUACAUCACAUUAUUUAUUCUAUUCUCUCAGUUAGACGGAGUUUAAAUUAACUGCCGGCGCUGGCUCUGGCAGCCAAACAAUUUUUUUAAAAAAAAACUGGGCAAAGAACUUUCUUAGGACGUCUUGUUAAUUUUUUUUCAACGUUUGAUACAUUGUCAAAUACCUUUUGUUUUACUGAUUUCCGAGUGAGCGUUCCAAACAAAAGAUACGAAUUUCUCGUAUUUGUCACAAUGGUUUUGCUAGGGGGCGAGACUUUUAUAGCCUCGAGAAAUACCUCUUUGUAUUGGCAAAUACAAGCUUGAAAUCCACAACGAAAAGCAGUUGUUCUCACUGACUCUUAACACAGAGGCUGUUAGAUUUUUCCUUUUUCCGAAUCAUUUUGUACAAUCUUGGUUUGUUAUGAUGGUGGACUGCCGAUUUCCCCAUUAUACAUUCCACCAUGGCUGGUGUAAUUAUGAUAAAAUUUCGACCCUGCAACACAGCCUCCAGUAGCUCAGUGGUUAGAGCAUACCAAGUAGAGCUACGAGGGUCGUAAGUUAUGGUGUUAGAUUUCUCCUUCUUCCAAAUUAUGGAGUGCCGGGAAUGGGUACUUUUUGAAAUUUGAGAUGGGAGUGUGCUGCCGGAACCUGGUAACCCUUAGUCUACACCAGAGGCCAGACCCUGUUCAACUGCAAUUUUGCAACUUUGUUCUAAACUAUGCAUCAAAGAUCCUAUCCUCCAUAGCUGGCGGUUUGUUGUUUGGCCGCCCAAGUGGUGGAAAAAAAGUUGAGAAAAGGCGAACAAAGCGCGCGCGAACGAGGAAUUACAGCCUUUGUACCCUCUGGUCUUUUCCCUUUACCGGACUAAACUGUUCAAAAACCCUAUCCCUUACAGCUGAGCAUAAAUUUUAAUUAAUUUAUUUUUAUAUUUUAAUAUUAUUUUUAUAUGACACUUACAGCCCAUGCGUGGUAAUACCUCUUCCCGGAUCCAGGUAUUCUUUUGGUGUUGCCCAUAUACAGUUUUAUUACCUAUUUUUGUAUUUCAGUCAAUUCUGUGACUCGUUUCGACUCGUUGAUAAGAUUUAGUCGGUGUGUUGGCUGAUGUAGCCUUGGCGCGGCAAGAAAGAGGAGAGUGUUUUUUGCUGAGAAUGAACGAAACAUAUUUACAUUGACAAAAUUAUUUUUGAAUUUCAACUAGAAAAAAGUCACCAGCCGGCGUAGUCCCUUACGGUUCAUUUCUUCAGUUAUUGAAUUUCCUAUUAAGCCUAAUGGAGAGACCAGGAGUCAAGCGGGCACCAACUUAACGCUGCAAUCAGGUCACUAGAGACAUGAAGCUACGGAAACUAGGUAACAAUGCGGCCGCAUCACGGAAGAACCGUCUAAGGGUGUUCUCAAUCGAUCAUCUUGAUAUUCUGGAAUAACAAUACGCAAGACUUUUGUUGCAAGCCUCCAAUUCCGUAAUUUGUUGAACCACUUAUAAGCUACAUACAGUGGAAUAUUUUAUUUCAAGCAGAUUUUUCUAGAUAAUGCAAUGAAAUGAACGCCAUAAUAUUGUGACAUCUAGAGUUAAUGCCAUUUGAUUUAUUCUCAUUUCGGAAUAUACAGUACAGUGUCAAAGAGGCAGCAAUACCUGGUUACAGUCGUUACAGCUAAAAGGCUCAAAUGACUGGUCGGUCAUUUUUUUAAAAGCUUUAAAUUGCAGUGCCAUCAGUACUAACCAGUCAUCAGGCUUUUCUUUCUCCUGAGAACACUUGAUAAGGUCAUUGAUUAACUAUGAGAUUCACCUAUCUGGGUGGAAUGUUAAUAGUUUCAGGCGUUUUUAAACUACAGUGAACCUGUUGUAGGAACAGUUAACGAGAAACGUUCUUAACGCUUGAGUGAGACCAAUAUUCAAGCUAAUUCAUAUUUAAUUUGGCGUAGCCGGUAAAAGCAUGGCCUAAAAGUCGGAGUAUUACAACAAAACAGAGAGAAACAGUAGUUUAGAAGUUGAAGGUUUACUUUUCAAUAUACACAUCGGUAAGUGAAGCAUUUGUCGUCUUGAUCACCCGAUUAAACUGUAAGUAAAUCGUCUUGCCAGACAUUUUAUUCAUACCACAUUUUAUUAGCUGUUAACCUGUAAAUCUUUACUCUUUGAGGUGAUAUAUACUUUCACUGCACAUAUAUUUUUGCAUGAAACUUAUAGGCUUAUACAUCUUAUAUUUCACUGGGCAGAAUUUAUUGGCUUGAAAUAUGAUUCUAUUCACACUUGUUCUCGUAAUGAGCGUGGAAUUUGAAUUCACCGAAUCGAUUCCGUGGAAAGAGGCUGUCAAUGAAGACGGUAAAUAUGUGACUCUUUCUCUAUUUAAUAUGCUGGACAAACAGCUUAAUGAACACUUUGUUUUAAUAUUUGUUGUCCGAAACGGUUAAUCAUUUUAUUGUGUCCACCUGCUUGUUAAGUCUUCUUUUGCUCAAAAACUGAUGAUUAACUGAGGGGCGCUUGGAUUGUAACCUUCAGUAAUUACACUAGCGAGCUACUAAUAAAUUUAGCGAGAGGGCAGCAACCUGGAUGAAAAGCUUAGAAUCAUAUUCUAACAGUUUCUGCAUAUCAUGGCAUGGUUUAUCGUUGCAUUGCACCGUCUCAGAGGGUUUUCAUAGGUUAGGAAAAGUCGUUUCUGCCGGUCUUGCUCCAUAUUCGACUUCAGUAACUCCUGACCUGUAACCAUUAGUGAGGUCCUUCAUCUUAAGAAAAGUGUCAAAAUCUCAAUUUAGCCUCUCAAACGAGAAUUGAAAACUCAAGAAUGUCUAUGUCGGUACAAAGUCUUGGGAAAGAGAAAAAUCAAAUGCGGAGGAUUGUCUUAAGAUGUUAUUUCAGUUUAUUGAAUUACUGACGGCUGGCGUUGAAAUAUGUUUUUGGCAUUUCUUUAUAUUUUUGCAAUCAAAUGUAAUGUGUUUUUUUAAUAGAUAACCCAGGUGGCCUAAAAGACAACACUGUUAUGGAUAAAAUUGAACAAGCAAAUGAGGGUAAGAUUCUAGGGACAAAAACAACAAAGUUCCUAUGAUAUUGCAAUGAUGUUCCAAUGCUGUUGCUUGCAAGUUCUCCAUUUAUGGCGAGAAUGGAGAGAAGGGCGCACCGCGAGAGAAAGCGCGAGUGAGGGGCGAACCCGCGAGGUACGUGAAGGUGGCAUCUCGCGACCCCCCCCCAAAUGGAGAGAUUUGAUCGCAGGCUAACGCCUUUUACACUUGGGCUCUGCAGGACUAAUCACAAUGGUCCCCUCGCAGCAAUCUUUACCUUGUCCUCAGGGCUAAGGGAAAAGCCCUGGGAACGAGGUUGUCCGUUUCAAUAACGUCACGCAACGUUCCUUCUCACAAUGUGACGACACUAAAACUGCUAAUUUAUUGCUAAUUUAACGGCUGCGAGGAAGGGAGGGAGGGAGACUAAAAACUAACUUGACUUUAUAAUUAAUCAGCGUCACUAAAAAGUCAUCUCUGUUUUUGUAGAUAGACUUGCUUUCUCGACCUAAGCACCGAGAUACCCUCUGAGUGCAAGCAUUGAGGCCUUUUAAUAAUGGGCCUUUUAGGGAGAAUGAAACAAAUAAUUUAAAUGGAACAUAAUAUGGCUAAUAAUUCCCAGUUGGUAGGAGGCGAACUAGUUGGCUUCUUACAAGCGUGGCAGAGGAUUUGAUCUUGGAACUAUCGAGAACAAAUCCAGCUGGCGGGUCAUGCAAGACUUGAACUCGGGCCUCCGAAUGACAAGUCAUGACAAGUCCAGCACUCUUACUGACUCGGCCACGGAAACGAAAUAAAUAAAAGCAAGAAAAAGAAAAAAAAUCCUAAUCAAGCUAGACAAACUGAUCAUCACUUCACUACUUUUGUUCCCAGAGGACCACGCAGAAAAGAAAGUCAAGAAUAUUUUCGAAGGUGACAUUCAGCUGACCUCGAGUGACAAGGAUGGUGUCGACACAAGUAACACCAAUUCUGCAGACACAGCUGAAGUAGAUGUAGAUAGUGUUGUCACCAAGCGUAAAGCCAUUAGUUCUCGCCGCCAUCUUUGGGUCAGGAAAGUAGUUCCCGUUGAACUGGGUCCGGGAGCAUGUAAGCCUACCUGAAAUAAAAUUUUAAUUUCCAACUUUGUUCCCUAUUUCUCUUCUUCCCGCGCCCCGCUUCGCUCCAAAAGAAGAGAGAUUCUGGAAACGAGGAUAUUCAAACUCUGUACAAAAAUAUUUCUUCUCGAGCCCUGAUUCAAAUGGACAUCAACGUAACAAUAAACUUGAAAGUCUUUGCAGAGAAAUGAUCGUUGUGAAGGGGGGUGACAUUUAAAGACGGCAGGAGUCGAAUCUAUGACCUUAUGAUUUUUAGUCCAGAUAAGUCUACCACUGAGCUACAGGAAACUCGCGGAAGCUGAGGCCAAUAAACGAGUAGCUGAUUUGUUACUCAGUUUCAAAUUUUUAGUCUUUCCUUGAAAAAUACGCGCUAACAAACAAAGUAAAGAGACUCAGAUAGAACUUUAUUUUGAGGACUAUACUAUAAAUAAUCGAGCAAAAGGGUUUGACUUGUACUAAACUUUUAUGUUUAUCAUUACACACAGCGAGAGCUUGGAAUAAUAUUUUAAAAGCUGUGGACGAAAUUCAAAAGAAGUCAUGCGUUAAAUUCCGAAUGAAGAAAGACGGCGACGAACAUUGGAUACGUUUUGUAAAGAAAAGUGGGUAAGAACACUUGGACGUAAUGUUCACCUAGAGAAAACGUCUGAGGCAUGGUUUCUUGAUUUAUUUAGACAUAGAAACAUAGGUUGGAUGAAAAAAGAUAAUUAGUUAAUGUAACUGUCUUUGUAUUUUUUCUCAAAACAAUGGAUGCUUAUAUUUGCUGAAAACGCCCCGUGCAACAAAAGCAACUUUCAGCGGUAAUGAUCUUUACCGAGCAUGUGCUUUCUAACGAGAUCUCUCAGGCAAUUACGGAGGUAAAACUGUGUGAAAAAUUGCGCCGCCGGUCAGUAACACCUGUUUGAGAUCAAAAAACAAAAACAAAUAAAUUUUUUUGCGCUAUUAAAAAAGUUUAAAAAGCUAAUAUGUAAAACUUGUUGCAUAUAUGUGAAAGUAUCAACCCUAGCUUUAAGCCUUUUUUGCUUAGGUUUUGCCAGUUUUUCUCGUUGUCGUCUUCACGAGUGCAUGAUUUUUUAGUUGACAUGUAUCUUUAAAAAUUAAAUUGCUAAAAAAGUUAUAAUGGCUUGGAAGAGGGUCUACAGGGAAAUAUUGUUAACUAUAAUGAUUUCUUCGAAACUGAGAUUAUGUUGACGAUGAUUCAGGUCUCUAGCGUAGCCAUGUAAAGUUUCAAGUCAACGUAAAGACUCAGUACUUUUUGACAUUCGUCUUCAUCUGUUAUUUCAUAUGGUGACAAAAUAUGAUAUUCCAGAACAAAACUUUUAACUAAACGUAUAAAUUGAAAUCAUCAUCAUCAACUACAACAACAACUUCGUUUUUAAAAGAGCAAUGUAAAUUUUUUGGACGAAUGUUAUGCCUCCCUUCCCUGGCUUGUUAAGCUAUAAAUUGUUGGAGGAGUAAGCAGAAUAAAAAUUUAGCUAAAAAGGGAAAAAACUUUAGUAGUAGUAUGUCAAAGUAUACAGUCUGAGUUUGUAUAAAUUAAUUAGUGAAUUCAACUAUAACAAAAAGUACGACUGAUAUGCGUCACUAAGUGACCAAGCACAAUUUAACGGGUGAUAAUGGAUAUUGGCGAGGCUCUGCUUUUUCUCUUUUUGCGUUUUUUUGGACCGAGUUAAAGCUGAUGUAAUCAUGAUGGUUAUAAGGGUACUAAUCCGUUAGUUAGCAGGAAGAGGCGAUUCUUGCAUGCUUAUGUGUGAUCACGUGGCCUGUGUCAGGCUCUCAGAUAGUAUAGUGAGGACGUAUUUAAAACGAGCACUAUCUCGGAGCCUGGAACAGGCUAGUGAUCACAUAUAGCUACGCGUAGUGAUUAGGCUAGUAAUCACGUAGACUGCGUCUUCCUUUCUCAUUUUUUAAGGUGUAACUCGCCCGUUGGCCGUCAAUAUUUGAAGAAAGGGAUGCAGGAAUUGUCAAUUGGUGAUGGUUGUAACGAGAAAGGAAUCAUUUUGCACGAAUUGUUGCAUGCACUUGGCUUCUGGCAUGAACAAUCCAGAUCAGACAGAGAUGACUAUCUUCAAGUAUUGUGGGAGAACAUCGAUCCACGUGAGCCCAUAUGAAUAUGAAUUGAAAAUGAAAUACAAAUAUUUGCUUGAUUUUAGGGCUGAACCAUAUUCCCGAGGUGGCUCUUUGCGCUUGUUGUAGCCUCAAUAGAAUUCGAAUUUAAAAUGAUCUGAAAAUAAAUAAAUAAAUAAACUGAAAAAACGAAGAGGGCAAAAGCAGAGUAGUCGGAGAAAAACCUCUUGGAAAAAGGGCGGGAGGAAAUAACAAACUCGACACACUGGCUUCGAUCGUCUUAGGGAUUCGAGCCCUUGGCCACUUUGAUGGGAGACGAGUGCUCUCACCACUACGACACUCCCAGGUUAGCGGAUCGAAUACCGAGUUGAGUCUAGCCUCCUCCAUUGCGAUUUUUCUUAGGCUACCUGUCAUUGCCAUCUUUCAGACCAGAUGUUAGUUCUUUUAAAGAAAACCGGUACUUUUAGGUCGUAAUAUAAUAGCAUCAAAUCCAGGAAGCCGGUAGGGAAACUUAGAUUUGCUGUAGCCAAAGAAAAAGGACGGGGCUCCAAAUAACAUUAACAGCAGCGAAAUAAUCUUCUCCUGACUCUUUACGACUAUUCUUUCUACUCAGAACAAUUACAUAAUUUUAACCGCUACAGAAAGAAAGACAUGGACUUCUAUGGGGGAUCGUACGAUUUCUCAAGUAUCAUGCAUUAUGGAAACUAUGCGUUUAGCAAGAAUAAAAGACCAACAAUGUUGUCUGUCAAGGAUCCGCUGCUUCAGUUCGGGCAAAUUGCAAAAUUAAGUCCAACAGAUAUUCUUCAACUGAAUGCUCUCUACGACUGCAGAAGUAAGUAUUCGUACUCAGGUCUAAUCAUAACUUCCAACACUGACUGUAAGAUAUCUGGGUUCUAGAGAACGAUUAGAUUACAGAGCGUUGUCACUAACGUGGUCAGUACGGUGAUUAUGCAAAUUUAUUGGAGCAAAGUUUGUAAGAGUUCUUGCAAAGGAUUGGUUUGGAACACCAACAUGAUGGCCUCGACGUUAUGUGAAAACGCUUUAUGAUAGAUGAGGCUUUGUAAUUAAGGCCGGUAAAUUUGAAUUCAUUAUUUUAUAAAGGGGUGUAGAUGGAUGUUUCAGCAUGAGUUUGAAAUAAUUUCUUUAAAAAAUCAAAAAAGGAUGGAUGAAUUUAACAGAAAAAGAAAUAAGGAGAAAUCUUGAAAAAAAAAAUGCAAUAAGGAGAAAGCUAAUAAAAAUAUGCAGUCUCUUGCGACUAUAUCUUGCGAGAAACGUAUGCCUUUAACCAUAUUUGUCUCUUCCAGCUAAAAAAAAAGGCUGGAGUAAUUGGGGAAACUGGAGUCCUUGCGACAAGAAUUGUACAAAGGAAAGAGAAAGAUUCUGUUCUGCAGAUGAUAUUAAAAAAUGUCCAGGAGCUGACGGAGAUCGUAUUGAACUUCAAAAGGCCAAAUGUCCAAUGGAUGAAUGCUAUGGUAAAUAAACAAUUAACUGCAAUCAAAAUUUAGAAAUCGAUGUGGUCCGCGGGGUAUUAUAUAGACACAUAUAAGGGAAUAGAAGGGAAUACAAGACAGUCUUGGAUUCCGGAUUACAGAUACUGGAUUCCGGAUUUUUUGUCGGUGGAACUUGGAUUCUGGAUUCUAUUCCGGAUUCCACAAGCAAAAAUUUCCCGAAUUUCGGUAUCCGGACUUCCCUUAUGUGGGGCGACAACGGCCAAGCAUCUUUUGAACGUACCAAAAUUUGAAUCUGACUACAGGCUUUAAAAGAAACUAGUUGAGUAAAAAAAUACAAAAUAUUGGAAUAAAUACAAAAAUAAUAAACUCGCAAAGAGAGCCCUGACCUACCACGAGGCUUUAUAAGGCCUGGGCUCCCUAGAGACUAACAAAAGAACAGAAACAGAAAAUACAAAAGUACUAACUCGCGGAUUUUUGUUUCCAGUGAAAUCAGUCAUAUACUAAAAUAAUUUUUUGGUCGAAGUUAAGAAGCAGAGGAAAAUGGCUAUAAUGAAAAAAGGUUUUGGCAACUGAUUUUAUUCUGAUUUUGCAAUGUUUGUUUGUUAUUCUCGGGUUUUUUUUUCUUUUUUUUCAAAUCUAGUUCCAAUUAAUGGUCACUGGGGUAGGUGGGGUCCAUGGAGUAAAUGCUCCCGAAAUUGUGGUCAAGGUUAUCAAACCCAGUCCCGGACGUGUGACGAUCCUAAACCUGAAUACGGAGGCAAGUACUGUAAAGGACCUCUGGUCAGGAUACGACCUUGUAUGAUGAGAAAACAAUGUAAGUAA